AUGCUCUACCAACUGAGCCACACAGGACAACACCGUCUGCCUGACGGGUCAGUUGGGCUCUACUUCCCCCAGAAUCUGUACAAGGAGACUGUGUACGUUGGGCAGUAUGCAGGCACACCCGUGCUUCAGGUUCACGCCAUGGUGGAGAGCGACUCUCAACAACCCCACUUCUACCUGUGGUGGAGCACCCCCCUGAAGCCUCCAACCUAUGCCCCGUGGUUCCACCUGGAUGAGACCACAGGGAUACUCUCCAUGAAUAAGACCCUGGAGUGGAGUGACUUUGACUCUCGAUGUGAGUUAAAUAGAGACAUUAAGUUGCUCAGCUUGCACGCUUUGUGCAUACCAAUAAUACCCGUGAAGAGUUUCCUCCAUGGCCUCCCUACCGUACGGGUCAGACUGACCUUCAUCAAUGACACAGUGCCACCGUGUGGCCAGACCAGACCAGAGCUGGAGAAUCUGUGCUUCCCUGACAAGGACCUGAACUCCCACAUUAAGGAGAACAGGUUCCCCGGGGCCAUCCGCCAGCUCAGACAGCUCACCAGGUUAAAUGUCUGCCCCAACUACACCAUCUCCUACAGUGUGGAAUCAGAUGUUCCAGCCCCAUUUGCUAUAAAUGACAACACCACUGAGUUGAUAGUGACCGCUCCUUUGGACCGCGAGGAGAGAGAGACGUACAGUCCCGUGCUGGUCUGCACAGUGCAGACUGACACAAUGAUAGACAAGUUCUUUGUUACACUACAUAUCAACGUCUACGACGAAGACGACAAUGCACCUUAUGUCAAUGAAACAGACACAGAGGAUGUGGUGCUUGAGUUUGAUCGCAUGGAGGGAAGUUAUUUUGGCAAUUUGUUUGUCUAUGAUAGAGACAUAACACCCAGUUAUCCCGUAAACCAGAGUCAGAACAGAUUUGUCGGAUAUAUGAUGACCAAUGACUCAUGGAUAAAUGAAAUGUUCACCAUAGAACACUCUUUCAAAGAAGAGAAGGCCAUUUUUGGCAACGUCCGAGGCACUGUUCAUGAGUUCUGGCUUGCACUAAAGAAGCAUUUGUCUGUAACCGAGAAUAGGACCCUCCAGCUGGAUUACCUGGUCAAUGACACCACAUAUCCCGGUCCAGAGGGAACUGUGAUGCUGCACUACAAUAUCACCAUCUUACCUGUCCCCAUCCGCUUCACCAAUGUGACAUACCUCUUCACCACAACACGUAGAGCUAACGUCUACGCCCAGGUUGGUAGAAUCUGUGUGGACAACUGCCUGAAGUUCCGGGGCAUCAAUGUCAUAUACCGGCUAGCGGUAACAGACAAGACAGACAAAAAUGUGUCCGGCGACAUACAGCCAUGCUUCACGGCGAUUAGCAUCGCACAGAGCCUCAAGGACAUGGCGGGGGUGCUGUAUGUGAACGACACAGAGGCUCUCCGCAGGCCAGAGUGCCAGGACCUGCAGUACGUGGUCAUUGCUCAAGAGCAGCAGAAUCAGCUGCAGGCUAGCACUCAGAUCCUCAUUGUGCUCGAUAGCAAUAUUGACAAACAGGAUAUAGAGAACCAUUGGUUCCUCUCCUGUGCAGAGGGGAGACAGCAUGGGGACUGUGAGAACAUCAGAGGCCUAGGGGCUACCACAGGGAGGUGCCAAUGGAGACAGGGCUCUGAAAAAGGAAUAUCAGAAACCUAUUCCACCUGCUCCCCUGACCUCCGCACAUGCCCUGAUGGCUUUUGUGAUGCAGUCGAAAGCAAAGAUGCGUCAAUAUGUCCUCAGGAUUGCACAAUUGAACCCAUUAUCGGAGGUCAUGAGAAGGGCAUCAUGUCUGGCAUUAGAGCUGGCUAUGGAACCUGCUACUGCUACUCUGAAAAAUGCUUCUGUGAGAAGGAUGAUAUAGAGGAGGCCAUGUGUGACGACGUCUGCAAAACCAUCAUUGCCACCGCCGUGCUGCUCUCCUUCAUCGUCUCCAUCCUCCUGUCCUCCUACUUCAUCCAUCGCUACCACAAGAACUCCCCCAAGCCCCCCAUCGCCUCAGCUGAAAUGACCUUCCGGCGGCCCGCACAGUCCUACCCCAUCAGCUACUCUGCUAACAAUGUGCGCCGUGGCUCGUUGGACUCUAUGGAGAACCAAGUGGCCAUUGACACCUUCAAAAUACCUGAGGAUCCCAAAUGGGAAUUUCCACGCAAAAACCUGGUGCUUGGUAAAACCUUAGGGGAAGGGGAAUUUGGGAAGGUUGUCAAGGCGACUGCAUUCCGGCUGAAAGGAAAGGCUGGCUACACCACAGUGGCUGUGAAAAUGCUUAAAGACCAUGCAUCACAUAGUGAACUGCGUGACCUCCUGUCCGAAUUCACCUUACUGAAGCAAGUCAACCAUCCACACGUCAUCAAGAUGUUCGGAGCUUGCAGCCAGGAUGGUCCAAUGUACCUGAUUGUAGAAUAUGCCAAAUUUGGGUCACUGCGCAACUUCCUGCGUGAGAGCCGAAAAGUAGGACCCAGCUACAUGUCGGGCAACGAUGCCAACCGCAACUCGAGCUACCUGGAGAACCCAGAUGAGAGGGCACUCACCAUGGGCGACCUGAUCUCUUUCGCCUGGCAGAUCUCCAGGGGUAUGCAGUACCUGGCUGAAAUGAAGCUUGUUCACAGGGACCUCGCUGCAAGAAAUGUCCUAGUUGCAGAGGGGCGUAAGAUGAAGAUUUCAGACUUUGGUUUGUCCCGGGACGUGUAUGAGGAAGACUCUUAUGUGAAGAGGAGCAAGGGUCGAAUCCCAGUGAAAUGGAUGGCAAUAGAGUCCUUGUUUGAUCAUAUUUACACAACACAAAGUGACGUCUGGUCCUUUGGUGUGCUGUUGUGGGAGAUUGUGACACUGGGCGGAAACCCAUACCCAGGCAUCGCCCCUGAACGCCUCUUUAACCUCCUCAAGACUGGCUACAGGAUGGAGAAACCAGAGAACUGCACUGAAGAAAUGUAUAAUCUGAUGCUUCGAUGCUGGAAACAGGAGUCAGACAAAAGGCCCAUAUUCGCAGACAUCAGUAAAGAACUGGAGAAGAUGAUGGUGAAAAACCGGGAUUACCUGGACCUGGCGGCAUCCACGCCAGCCGACGCCUUGCUGUACGACGACGCCCUCUCCGAAGAGGACACACCCCUAGUGGAUUGUAAUAACGCCCCUCUCCCACGAACCAUUCCCUCCACAUGGAUUGAAAACAAGCUUUAUGGCAUGUCAUACCCGAACUGGCCUGAGAAGAGCCCGGUACUGCUCAACAGACUUGAUGCCACUAACCCAGUCUUUACAAGAUAUGCCAAUGAUAGUGUUUAUGCAAACUGGAUGGCUUUGCCUUCACCUGCAAAAAUUGUGGACAAGCUUGAUAGUUAA